AUGGCAUAUCAAGGGCGACAGACGCAAUACCCAAAAUCAGACACCCCGCCAUACGCCGACAACAUCGCCCUCAACUCCGCUAUAAACAGUCAAUCGCCCGCUAGGAUAUCGCAAUACUCCAGAUUCGACCCUCGAGGAUGGAGAACCCGCACAAAGCUGUUUGCCGCUGGUGGUGUGGUGGUGAUUCUAAUUGCGGUCAUUGUCGGCGCAUACGAGGGCGUGAGAGCGAAUCGGUACCCAAACUAUUCGGCAUUGAGUUAUUCGUUGAAGGAUACGUAUGAGGGAGAGAACUUUUUUGAUAAUUUUUGGUAUUGGUCUGAUGCGGAUCCGACGGGGGGUUUCGUUGUAUACCUCCAACGAGCAAACGCAGUCUGGUCCAAUCUCACGUAUGCGACGAAUGAAUCCGCCUUCAUCAAAGUUGAUACCAGUUACCUCAACACCAUCGGAGGGCGCAACUCCAUUCGCAUCCAAUCCAACAAUACAUACAAUGACGGCCUGUUCAUCUUUGACAUCCUCCACACACCGUAUGGUUGCGGCACAUGGCCUGCUUUGUGGCUUUCGGAUUCAAGCAAUUGGCCUACCAAUGGCGAGAUUGAUAUCAUCGAAGCUACCAACAAUGGUACAUGGGGGAACAGUAUGACUUUGCAUACAACAGACAGCUGCAGUAUGAGUGUGAAGCGCAAGGAAACGGGUAAAGUGACGUCGACAAAUUGCUACAACGGCACAAACUCGAACGAAGGCUGCGGCGUGUCGGGUACUACUGCUUCCUAUGGCCCGGAAUUCAACAAAAAUGGCGGCGGAGUCUAUGCAACCGAACUUCGCGAUGCUGGUAUCCGUAUCUGGUGGUGGCCUCGCAACUCCAUCCCGGCCGACAUCACCAACGGCAGCCCUGACCCAUCCACCUGGGGUGAGGCAACAGCGGACUUCCCAUCAACUGACUGCAGCAUUUCGUCUCACUUCCGAAAUCAGAGUAUCAUUGCCAACAUUGAUCUGUGCGGAUCAUUGGCUGCCGCGAACAAGUACUACGUUGACGAAGCUCAGUGUCCGAGUAAUUGCACCGCAUACGUGGCGGCGAAUCCCAGCGCGUUCACAGAGGCGUACUGGGAAUUCAAGAGUUUCAAGGUCUAUCAGUCUUCCUGA